AUGAAGUUCAUCUUGGGAGCAUCUCUUUUGGCUGCUACAGUCUCGGCCUUGCCGUCACCUGCACCUCCUGCUGCUGCGGCUCCCGGCCAGCCUAGAAAGUUCACUAUCAGACAAGACUUCCUUGCAACGGCCAACAAGAUCAUCCCAGUCGUCGUGGGUGGACCCCAAGAUACAUACGCACCGAACGUUGUGACGGCCGCCGUGGGAGAUAUCGUGCAGUUCCAGUUCAGCAAUGGCAACCAUACCGUCACCCAGAGCGCCGCCGAGGCUGCGUGCCAGCCGCUACAAGCCACAGUCGCCACGGGAGUACACAGUGGGCAUAUUCCCUUUGUGGACGGCCAGACAGAGGUCGGCACCUUCAACAUGCCUGUCACAAGUACAGACACUAUGUUCCUCUACUGCGCAACGGGGCCUCAUUGUCAAGAAGGCCAAGUCAUGGUCAUCAAUCCUACCGACGAUCAACAAAUCGUGGAUUACGUCAAAGCAUCCCAGUCUACGACUGCAAGCGUGGACGGUACCGCUGUCGUCGGAGGCACGGUAGGAACCAUUCCCCUGGCGGAGGCGGCUUUCGUCCCUGCUCCAGCAGAGGAAGCUGCUCCCCCGGCUGCUGCUCCCCCGGCUGCUGCUCCCCCGGCUGCUGCUCCCGCGGAACCUGCUGCUGAACCCGCGGAACCCGCUGCACCGGAAACCACUCCUCCUCCUGCGCCAGCUGAUCCUGCUGCCCCUGAGCCUCCUACGACCACCAUUACCAUCACUGUUCCUCCUGUGUAG